AUGGUGGAUGCCACCGAUUACGGUUCUUCUGGAAGUAGUAUUGAUAACCUCCCGAAUGCUAAUGUCUACAUGCUGCCUAUGGACCCGGAGUUUGAGAUCCCAGCGAGAAGCAUUCGUAUAUGUGAACGUCUUGGUGAGGGCGCCUUUGGGGCAGUGUUCAGAGCUCGACUGAGGGGCCUGCCAAGACGCCGUGAUGUCGUGGGAGGCAUCGAAGCCGCAGUCAAGACACUCAAGGAUGGCCUACCAGACUGUGAAGUGGAGGACUUUUUGCAGGAGAUACAGGUCAUGAAGUACAUUGGAAGCCACCCGAACGUCGUCCAGCUGUAUGCGACCAGCACGCAACACGGUCGACCGUUGAUGGUCAUGGAAUACGCAGCACGCGGCAGUCUGCUGCAUUAUCUACGAGAGAACCGGAACUCCUUUCUGCAAGCCAGCACCCAGAGGGAGACAACUUUCCCACAAUUCUGCAGGCAGGUCGCCACUGGAAUGGAGUACCUCGCCUCUAAGGGUGUAGGUUUCUUCUUCCCCACCUAUGAAGGACCGAUACCUAUGAUCGUUCACCGAGAUCUGGCGGCGAGGAACGUAGUGGUGACCAGUGACGGCGUGCUGAAGAUUACUGAUUUUGGACUGACGCGCAUAGUGCGGGUCUACUACCGUAUGACUCGUAACGUGAGUCUCAGACAAGAAAAGAAGUCCUCUUUUUUCUGCAAUUUGUUCCGCUAA